CCCAUUCCUAAAACAAUCUCCUCCCUCGCAGCAGCCCGACAGGAAGAGACCAGGAGGGGUUACACAACAGCAGUAGCAGCGUUGCACUGGGAGCAGGUUAGCGCGUGAUAGAGGAACACACACACCGCCAGACUAAACUGACAGUUGCACAGGAGAGUGACACACAGGCAGCGCCAAGAUGUUCGGCAUGAUAAAGAACUCGCUCCUCGGAGGGGUAGAGAACAAUGAGGGGAAACUUGUGAGCAAAGGAGAGAAGGAUGGAGUGGCCUUUGAAGAACGAGAAUAUGAAGGAGGAAAGUUUAUCUCAACUGAAGUGUCUGGAAAACUAUUUGACGAAGCCUCAAAAGAAGGAGUCCUACGUCUCCUUAAAUAUGUUGGAGGCUCUAACAAUAAGAGUGCUGGAAUGGGUAUGACAUCUCCAGUCAUCAUCAAUAGUUAUCCAUCAGAGAAUGACACCUUGCAACCUAAUGUUAAGGUCCUACUCCGAAUUCCUAGCCAGUAUCAAGCAGACCCCCCAGUCCCCACAGAUAACACUAUACAGAUUGAAGACCGUGAGAGUGUAACACUGUACUCCACGCAGUUUGGAGGAUAUGCCAAAGAGGCAGACUAUGUAUCCCAUGCUGCCAAACUACGUUUUUGCCUUGGUCCGGAUAUUUCUUAUCAUUCUGACUACUACAUGUGCUGUGGCUAUGACCCACCCAUGAAACCUUAUGGAAGACGCAACGAGGUCUGGUUUAUUAAGAACAAUUGAUGACAAUUUGGAACCCCCAGAAUGAGAAGUUUCGCUUUCAUGAAUCGGGUCGGCUGUAGGUUCUACUGGCAAUCCCACCUUUGAUACGCAUCCAGUAUGAUGGACCACUUUGGGAUUUUCCACAAAGUUCAGUACUUGCCACACAGAUGCCGUGUUAUGGUAUAUGGGUUGCAGGUUUUUAUAGACAUAGCUUUGGCAUUAGUUGCAAACUAUAUCCAAAUAAAAAGGAACAAAUAUAACAAAAUAA